CUUUAUACAGGAUACGUUUCCGGAUACUGGGAUCGAUGUGGAAGCUUCCUCACUCACUUUUGCAUUUUCGCCGAGCCCCACAGCAACCCUUUCAGAAGCAUUAUGCUCAGCCAACAACGUGCCGUCACGAAGGCUCUUCGCCACACCCAAGCUCGCUUCGCCAGCACGAUCAAGAAGGUUCAUGCGCGUGAAAUCAUUGACAGUCGCGGCAACCCCACUGUGGAAGUUGACUUGACGACCGAGCAAGGUCUGUUCCGCGCGUCUGUCCCGUCAGGAGCGUCCACGGGCAUCCACGAAGCCGUGGAGUUGCGCGAUGGUGGCAAGCGUUACUUGGGCAAGGGUGUGAUCCAAGCCGUGAACAACGUGAAGAACAUCAUUGGCCCCAAGUUGGAAGGGAUGGACCCGACGAACCAAUCGGAAAUCGACCUCUUGAUGAAGCAAUUAGACGGCACGGACAACAAGGGCAACUUGGGCGCGAAUGCCAUCCUGGGGGUGUCGUUGGCCGUCGCCAAGGCCGGUGCGCGUGCCAAGAGCAUCCCGCUGUUCCAGCAUUUUGCCGACUUGUCUGGCAACGACAAGCUCGUGCUCCCCGUGCCCUCGUUCAACGUGAUCAACGGUGGGUCGCAUGCCGGCAACCAAUUGGCGUUUCAAGAGUUUAUGAUUCUCCCCACGGGUGCGGAAUCGUUCUCGGAAGCCAUGGUCAUGGGAUGUGAAGUGUACCACCACCUGAAGGGUGUGAUCAAGAAGAAGUACGGCCAAGAUGCGACAAACGUCGGCGAUGAAGGCGGGUUCGCCCCCAACAUCCAAAGCAACCACGAAGGGGUCGAAUUGCUCAUGCUGGCGAUUGAAAAGGCGGGGUACACUGGCAAAAUCGGCAUCGGCAUGGACGUGGCGUCGUCUGAAUUUUACACGGAAAGCAAGCACUACGACUUGAACUUCAAGAACCCCGGCAGCAAGGAAGCGCCGUUGACGGGCGAGCAGUUGGGUCAAUUGUACAAGGACCUGGCCAAGGAGUUCCCCAUCAUUUCCAUCGAAGACCCGUUCGACCAAGACGACUGGGAGCACUACUCGGCGUUCACGGCCGCGAUUGGCACGGACGUCCAAGUCGUCGGCGACGACCUGCUCUGCACGAACCCGACCCGCAUCGCCAAGGCGGUCGGCAUCAAGGCGUGCAAUGCGCUGCUGCUCAAGGUCAACCAGAUCGGAAGCGUGAGCGAAAGCAUCCAAGCCGUCAAGGACGCCAAGGCCGCGGGCUGGGGCGUCAUGACUAGCCACCGCAGCGGGGAAACCGAAGACUCGUACAUUGCCGACUUGGCAGUCGGGCUCAGCACCGGUCAGAUCAAGACCGGCGCGCCGUGCCGUUCGGAGCGACUGGCCAAGUACAACCAACUGCUCCGCAUCGAAGAAAUGCUCGGUCGCAGCGCCGUGUACGCGGGCAAGCACUUCCGAAACCCCCACGAGGCUUAGAUUAGGCCAGAUGAAACAUGAAAAGUGUUUGUGAUAUUAAAUCGAUUGGCGAGCGACCGACCGACAAGCGUGUAUGCACAAGGAUUAGGAGCCGUAGAGGACGAGGAAGGAAGGCUAGGAGGCAGAAUUUGAGUGGCUUGCAGGAGAGGACACUUGAGGGCUGUCGUUGGUGCAAAACGUUACGUCAGCAACAUAACGUCAUAAUCCCACUCUCGAGGAUGGGUGCUUCGUCCAUGG